UCAGCGCUAACCAUGCACCACGUGACACCAUUAUCACGUGACCACUAAUAACAAUCCAUGGCGGCACGCUGUGCUACAGGACUUGCAACAAGACCAGGUCUGUGUGGUUUCCUGCAGAGAGUUUGUUGUCUAAGAGGCCGUGGUCCCCCCACAGCCCUACUGUGUCAGCAACAUCAGCACUUCUUCUGGCGAAAGUGGAAAAGUUCUCACAAUAUAGUUCGCCCAGCUACUGUUCAGCCUGCUUAUGCAGUUCCCAAGCACAUUGUGCGGCCUGACUAUGUGGAGACUGGACUGGUCCCAGAAUGGCCAGACUACAUCGAGAUCAAAGACAAAGAGCAGAUCGAAGGCCUUGCCAGAGCAUGUCAGUUGGCCAGACAUAUACUGCUGUUGGCUGGCCGCAGCCUGAAGAUUGGUAUGACGACAGAUGAAAUUGACUUCAUUGUGCACCAGGAGACAAUAAAGCACAAUGCCUACCCGUCCCCUCUUAGAUAUGGGGGUUUCCCCAAGUCUGUCUGUACAUCUGUGAACAACGUGGUCUGUCAUGGCAUACCUGACAGCCGGCAGCUUCAGGAUGGAGAUAUCAUCAACAUUGAUGUCACUGUGUAUUUGGAAGGUUACCAUGGUGACACCUCAGAAACAUUCUCGAUUGGCCAGGUGGAUGAGAUUGGGCAACGAUUGGUGGAAACUGCCAGGCGCUGCAGAGAUGAGGCCAUCGCUGCCUGCAAGCCGGGUGCACAGCUCUGUGUUGUAGGAAACACUAUCAGUGAAAUUGCUAAUGCUAAUGGCUUCCAAGUGUGUCCUUAUUUCAUAGGGCAUGGAAUAGGCUCCUACUUUCAUUGCUAUCCUGAGAUCUGGCACCAUGCUAAUGACAAUGACAUGACCAUGGAGGAAGGGAUGGCUUUCACAAUAGAGCCCAUAUUGAUGGAGGGGUCUACAGAGUUCAGAAUCCUGAAGGACAAGUGGACUGCAGUGUCUGCAGAUGAUAAACGGUCAGCUCAGUUUGAACACACAGUGGUCAUCACAUCUGAUGGAGUGGAUAUUCUUACCAAACUGCCAGAGGAGAGAUACUAUACCAGUGACUGAAGGCACUCAUCUGACCCCUACAUGAACUGUUGAUUACUAAGCGCUGUUACAAGGACUGGGGCCUUUUUAGAAAUACAGAUGUCCUGAGUCCAGGCUUCCCCAGCACAACCCCUUCCACCUAAAAAAUUAAACAUAUGCAAUUCUGAUUAUUUAA